CGGUUACAGUUAAGUGGAACUCUCUAAUAUCACUAACGAAUGUGGCCACCACUGACAACUGCUGUACUUAACUACACAGUACUAUGUACUAUGUAAAUAGUACGCUGUUAUAUACAUAGUAUACACGCAUCUUACACAUUACAGUGUAAAAAUUACUCAAUUAUAUACAGCUAAACGUUAUCGUCUGCCACAUUACGACCCAGAGUGGAACUCUCGAGUGUCACAAACAUGUCUACCGUCGACGUGGAAGACGAAACGAUUCUGACGGCGAUAUUUAAAGAUUCUUUCCCCGAAAGUUGGAAAGAAAACCCUGAUUUUGUCCAAUACCUAGCAGAAUUAAGUUCUUUUGGCAUCGAGAAAUUGAGCCGAGAACCAGAGAGACUUGCAGAGGAGAAGGCACAGAUUCUCGAGGAAACUCAGGAUUUAGCAUUUCAUAAUUACAAAACAUUUAUUGAGACUGCUGAAUGUUCGAGAGAGAUCUUUGAAGAUUUUCAAAUCAUUGAGAAACAUGUUAGUAACUUAUUACAACAGUUGCCACCAUUCUCUUCUGAAUGUGAGAAUAUCGCUAAACGAGCACAGGAGAUUAAUGCCAGCCGUCGUAUGAACAGUUUAACACUGCAACGUCACACCCAGUUACUGGAGAUCCUAGAGAUGCCGCAACUGAUGGACACCUGCGUGCGAAAUGGUUACUAUGAAGAGGCUCUGGAGCUGACUGCUCAUGUGAAACGGCUGGAGAAGAAACACUACAAUCUUCCUGUCAUUGCUAGCAUCGUUGACGAAGUGAAAGGAUCAACACAGCUGAUGUUGAAUCAGUUAAUCCAACAACUGCGGACCAACAUCCAACUGCCUCUUUGUCUAAGAGUCAUUGGUUAUUUAAGAAGGAUGGAUGUCUUUUCAGAGGCUGAACUACGCAUCAAAUUUUUGCAGGCUCGCGAUGCAUGGUUCCAGUGUAUCAUUGAUGGAAUCCCAACAGAUGACGCAUAUGUCCACAUCACCAAGAUAAUCGAAGCGAGUCGCGUCCACCUAUUCGACAUCAUAACACAGUACCGUGCCAUCUUCUCUGAUGACGACACACUUAUGACAUCAUCAUCAGCAGCAGCAGCACCACGCGACGACCUCCUCCAACAUUCCUCACCUUUCUAUAGCUGGCUCACACUCAAGGUGAACCAGUUCCUCAGCACUCUGGAGAGUGACCUGUCCAAAGGUGUUGGAGGUCGUCUAGACUCCCUGGUUGGUCAGUGUAUGUACUUCAGUCUGUCCUUUAGCCGUAUAGGGGCUGACUUCCGCAGUCUCUUGGUGCCAAUAUUCUACUCGGCUGCGCUCAACUCGUUUCAAACGACACUCAACAAUGCAAACAAGAAGUUCUCUGAAAUGAUGCAGUCUUACAAUCUGAUGGGUUUAACAUUUACUGGAGGUCUUGCAUACAACAUGUCAACCCAGCCUGGUCAGUUAUACCCGCCUUCAGUUCUCCUGGAUUUUCAACCUUUGGCUAAUUAUUGUAACCAUGUGUUGACUGCCUUUAACGAUUUACGCUUGUGUCUGCCAAUCUCUUUGGCCUGUGACAUCACCGACAAACUGGAGAAGUCUUUAUUAAAGGUCAAUGAUGUCAUAUUGUCGUUUCAUCGGGCGGAAGAAAGUACAUUAAGCAACACCGAGACUGACCAUUUCCAACACCUGCUUCAAGUCUACACCAACCAUUUUCUGCCUUAUGUACAGAAAUGUAUGUUGACAUUGUUUCCCCCGUCACACCUGGCUCAGACACUGGGACUGACGAUUGUUGACCUCACAUCAAUGGGAAAUCCUGGCAGUUUAAAUAUUGAAUUGAUCCAAGCGGGAGUCAGUCACCUGCUUCCUGAAAAGGAAGAUGAUGUCAUGGAAACAGCAGCAAUGGAAAUGAACCUUCCGCCUCUGGAAGACACCAACGUAGAAGCAUCCCAGCAGAAUGCUCGAGAAGUUGAAAACGCAGUUACUAAGAGAGAACUUAGCCCAGAGAUGUCCUCAGCCACUGCGCCAGGGGAAACCCUUAAUACAUCUGCAGCUUCUACAUCAGAGGAUGCACUUAUUUCCCCAGCCUCUGUAACUGAGACGACUCCUGUCAUUCCAGCCAGUGUUCCUGAGUCUACAACAGAGACCUCGGCCUCUGUUCCUAAGAUAACCCCUGUCACCCCAACCUUUGUUCCUGGGGCAACCCCUGUCAUGUCAGCUUCUGUUCCAGAGGCAACCCCUGUCAUGUCAGCUUCUGUUCCAGAGGCAACCCCUGUCAUGCCAGCUUCUGUUCCAGAGGCAACUCCUGUGACCCCGGCAACCCCUAAGACCCCAGCCUUUGUUCCUGAGGCUACACCUGAUAUCCCAGCCUUUGUUCCCGAGGCCACCCCUCAUAUCCCAGCCUUUGUUCCCGAGGCCACCCCUCAUAUCCCAGCCUUUGUUCCCGAGGCCACACCUGAUAUCCCAGCCUUUGUUCCCGAGGCCACCCCUGAUAUCCCAGCCUUUGUUCCUGAGGCCACCCCUCAUAUCCCAGCCUUUGUUCCUGAGGCCACUCCUCAUAUCCCAGCCUUUGUUCCUGAGGCCACCCCUCAUAUCCCAGCCUUUGUUCCUGAGGCCACCCCUCAUAUCCCAGCCUUUGUUCCUGAGGCCACUCCUAAGACCCUGGCCUUUGUUCCUGAGACAAGCCCCGUCACAGCAUCUCCUUUUCCUGAAGCAACCACUGAUGUGUCUCCAACCAGCAUAUCUAACAUAGCUUUUCCCAUGGAUCCUACAAGAGUCAAUUUAUCCUCCCUACCUCUGUCACAAGUGGUGCCCCAAGACAAUGAUCCGAACAUGAUCUUCACCACUGAAUCAUUAGACAGAAUAGACUUGGAUGAUAUUAAAUUAGAUGAAGCUUCUGCCACUAACUGACCAGUCCAAGUGUGGUGGUGUUGGGAGGGACAGUUCUUGCAUCAUUCCCCGUUUAUUGAUUCUUUGGUCUUACUAAACUAUUUAUUAACUUUUUGGACAUUUAUAGAUUUUGGUUGUAAAUACAGAUUAAAAUAUUUUUCAAAUAAAUGUGUUGUUACUGUA